CGACGCCGACGUGCCGACGACGACGUGCCGACCCCGCGGCGCGGAGCCCCUUGCGCACCGCGAGGACCGCGAGGACCGCGACGACGCCCUGGUGGACGUGAAAGUGCUAGUGACAGUGUGGGAUGUGAGCGUGAACCUCGCGCGCCACUGAAAGACUGACGGACAGCAGAGCGACAACCGGGCAGCGAGGCAGCCAUGGCGGACCAGCUGACGGAGGAGCAGAUCGCCGAGUUCAAGGAGGCCUUCACGCUCUUCGACAAGGACGGCUCCGGUUCCAUCACCACCAAGGAGUUAGGCACCGUGAUGCGGUCGCUCGGCCAGAACCCCACCGAGGCCGAGCUGCAGGACAUGAUCAACGAGGUGGACGCGGACGGCAGCGGCACCAUCGACUUCCCCGAGUUCCUGACCAUGAUGGCCCACAAGAUGAAGGACACGGACAGCGAGGAGGAGAUCCGCGAGGCGUUCCGCGUCUUCGACAAGGACGGCAACGGCUUCAUCUCCUCGACGGAGCUGCGCCACGUCAUGACCAACCUGGGCGAGAAGCUGACGGACGAGGAGGUGGACGAGAUGAUCCGCGAGGCCGACAUCGACGGCGACGGCCACAUCAACUACGAGGAGUUCGUCACCAUGAUGACGUCCAAGUGACCGCGGCCGCGUCGGUGUGCCGAUAGACUUCCCACGGCGGCGGCCCUCGGCGCCUCUCUGCUCCCGGGGGCGCCGGGCCCCCGCCCCUCCACCCCUCGGGGGCCUGUGUGGCACGGCGUGAGGCACGGCGUGAGGCAGGGCCCCGGGGGGCGCGGCCACGGCCCCACAGGGCAGGGCUCUGGGCCGAGUCCAGCAUGGCCGAGUCCAGCGGCCGGCUGAACGAUUCCCAGUGUUGGGACUUUCGGCUAAGUCGACUGACGGACGCGACUGAGCCGUCAGUCGGCGGCGCGCUCCAGUCAGUCGACUUGGCCAAAAGUCCGGGCUCUGGUGUCCAGCACCUUGAACCAGCCCCGUCCAGGCCGCGAGUACUACGGCUACGCGCGUGCCCCAAGUACAACGUCGCGAGUGUCUGUGUGAGUGUGUGUGACAGAGUGUCUGUGUGCGUGACGGUGCGCUGUGUGGAACUGUGUUUGUGAUGUUAUAUUCUAGGGCUUCAUCUGGCCAGUCUUGUCGACUGCCCUGUUCGCCAGUCUGGGCCAUCCUGAUGCAGCGACUGACAGAUCCGGGCUCGGGCGUACAGGGUCUACUGUAAAAGAAAGUGUGUGUAACCGCACCUCUCACUUCUGUCCGUGCCUUUCUGGCUAAAGCGGAUUGGGAAAUAGUUUCUUCUUCUCGAUAACAAACCGUGCUUCUCUUCUUCUGUACUUCAAAGUCCCCGUCGCCUGCGAUAGUCACUACUCUUGGCUUGUGCUUGUUUUGAAACGAGCUUGGUGACGUUUUCCGCCGCCUCCCCGGACUAACACGGGGCUAACACGGAAUGGCAUACGAUCAUGUGUGGUCUAGCCCUUAAUGGUAAUGGUAACACGGGGCUGGCGGGCCCGCCCGCCGCGCUCCGCUGUGCAGCGGGUUUGCCUAGCCCCGGUUCCACAGGGGCCAAGGGCGGCGCCGGGCAGCGCGCAGCAGAGUGACCCCGAGAGUCAUUUUCGUCCCUCUGUCUCUCUUGCAGUGCACGGGACGCCCCAUGAGUGCGAGAGAGACAGAGGGACGAUGACGACUCUCGGAAUCAGUCUGCAGGGGCCAACCAGGAUCUAGACCUCUAGACCUCUAGGCCCCUGGGCUCUAGGUCUCAAGGCUCUAGGCCUCUCGGUUCUAGGCCCCUCGGUUCUAGGCCUCUAGGCUGUAGGCCCCUGGGCUCUAGGUCUCAAGGCUCUAGGCCUCUCGGUUCUAGGCCUCUCGGUUCUAGGCCCCUCGGUUCUAGGCCUCUAGGCUGUAGGCCCCUGGGCUCUAGGUCUCAAGGCUCUAGGCCUCUCGGUUCUAGGCCUCUCGGUUCUAGGCCCCUCGGUUCUAGGCCUCUAGGCUGUAGGCCCCUGGGCUCUAGGUCUCAAGGCUCUAGGCCUCUAGGUUCUAGGCCUCUCGGUUCUAGGCCUCUAGGCUCUAGGCCUCUGAGUCUCUAGGCCUGUGCCUGCAUGGCCCUGCGCCCAAAGGCGCGUCACCUGACUCUCACUCUCUCAGGAACGGACGCCGUGCCGCACGGCUAGCUUCACAGACCUUCUAUCCUAUUUCUUGAAAAAAUGUGACUGAUGAUGUACGCUAGGUACGUUUCUCUGAUGUGACUCUGUUCUUCGAUAUUUUGUAAGGAAUUUUUGUUAAGACCCGCGCGCACUGCGUGUGUGUGCGCGUGCCUGCGUGCGUGCUGGAAUGUUUUCUAUUAUUUGGUGCCGGUGUUUUCUUUGUCACGUGUCGAUGAGUACUAGAAGCUGGAACGACUGUUCGAGUCUGCUUCAUCGGGCGUUGCCAUCCAAGCGUUCGUCCACGUAUUACGUACCGUCUCUGCCUCUCUCACACUCAUCGGCAAAGAGAGACAAGGACAGAGACAUGAAAUUGCCUUGCGUGGACGUCCCAGCCGCCCAGCGGUUGGCGCAACCACAAAAUGUGAUCCUGCAGGACUCGACAGUCAAGGAGUGGAAACCAGGGCAGUGCUCCCCAAACUCAUAAUUCCAUGUGCUUUUAACAUGUAGUCAUUGCUGGAGAGCAGGUUCAAGUCUUUUAUUUUCUUCUUGCUCUCUGUGGUUCAAUAACGACCUCUGAAUAGAAAUGUUCUUGAAUGUAAUUUUGUAAUAUAUCUUUCUCAGAAAAAGAAGCGUCCUUUGU